AUGAAAGAUACCAAGCCCGUGAACAACGAAAAUUACGACCCGAACGGCGAUGAAUCGAACCACAACGAUACCCCAACGAUUCGUCACCGAAAAACCCCGCUCAAGGAAGACAGCUGGCCCCUCUCAGGAUCCGCCCAAGGAAGACAGAAGCCCACUGCUCUCAAGGCUUCCAAACCGCCUUCAAGUACAGACAGAAAGAUACCCUCCCCUACCGACGAAGAGAUCGCCGAGGCCUGGGCUGCUCAUCCGGGCAUUCCCCCCGCCGAAGUCAGUAUCAAGAUCAUGCAAUACGACGAUUCGGAGCCAUCUGAAAUCUGCGAGGAAGACUUUUCUCUGGAUUCACAGUGGCUGUCUAUGGAGAUUGAUCGAAUCAUGAGAGAGCAGACCGAUGAUGACAUUCCCACUUGUAGCUUUCAGAAAAACACAAACUUGGGUGAUGCCUAUUCUGCCGAUACCAGUCUGUUGUUCUGA